ACACACACAUGUACGAUAUUAACAAGUGGCUGUAUAAGCUCAGUCACUAUGCACGACGCAAAUCAUUUAGAUGGCCUAACAAAGUUUAUAGACAUGCCUUAAAGAGCACGCUAAUGUUUAAAAAUAAUGUAACGUGUAUAUAAUAUAAUUUCAAGCCUAAGGGAUAUGGACCCAGAGAGUAUAGGAAAAGAAACAAUUGUAAAAGUAACUGAUUGGCUACGUGGAAUGUGGGAAAUGAGACGUCGUAAUAGUCCAGUUCAACAAUGGGUUGAUUCUAUACCAUCACCUAUAAAAUCAACUGUACCUGUUUCAAUUGAUGUUAAGUCUAAUGCUUCAGUAACACCUACACCAGCUAAAGACAUUCCAAUUUUGAAAGGAAACUAUUCAAAGAUUCCUACUAUGACUGUAUCAGCUCCUAUAAAUGUGCCUGGCUCAUCAGCAGUCAAUAUGUCUAAAAUACCUAGUUCUCUUCCCCAUGGUAGACUUGCACGAGAUCAAAGUUUUCAAUCAGACAGUAGCCAUUGCAGUAGUAUAGAAAGUUUAUUAGAACUGAGAAAAGCAGAUCCUGAAGCAGUUUUACUUAGUCUUGGAUUUGGUGGUUGCUCCAAUAGUCCUCAAGAAAGCGGUCCAUUAUCUCGUAUACCUAAAAGGUUCUUACAGCCAUCAAAAUUAAAAGGAAUUGCUAUAAAUGACUUUGUUAAACAGCAACAAGAAACAAGUGAAUCAUUUGAUUCCGUAUCUUUGGGAUACAGGGGUUUAACAGGUUCGCCGUAUGUAGCACCAUCUGAAAUAGUGCAAAAAAUCAUGGAACGAUUACGUGAACACGAGUCACAUGAAAUGGAUGCAUAUGCAAUAUACAAUGCUUAUGAACAACCUAACAAAAUAUAUCCACAACCCGGACAUUCUGUAUUAUCACCAGAUAACAGACAAUAUUUGGAGCAGCCACGGUCAAAAAGCCCUGACAUGCGUAAUAAGCGUAUGAUUAUUGGACAAAAGUCUUUUGCUUUUGGACAUAAUGGAGAUUUAAUUGAGAUAUGCCUACCAAAUACGAAAAAAACAUCACAAGAAAAGGUGGAUAAUUACUCUACUAUUACUGAUAUUUCUAAAUUAAGAGAGUUAAAGGAAAUGCAUAUAAAGUCAGAAAAAUCAUCUAUUAAUAAAUUAGAUGAAACUAUUAAGAGGAAAUUAUCUGAUCAAUUUAAUGAUAGUACUGAAUUUUUUGGAAUUGACGAAUUACCAAGUAAUUAUUUCGAUGACCAGAUAACUCUCAAUAUGAAAUAUAAACAUAGAGAAAAAGAGCAAUCCAAAUCAAUUGCUACUAUAACAGAGAAAGAUGACAACAUUUUUUCUAAAUAUGCUGGUACUCGACGUGCUAGUGAAGGAUAUGAUGAAGUUAAUUUAAGAGAGAAUAAUAUCAUUCCGGAUGGUAGAAGAUUUAGUGAUAGUAUAAUUAUGAAAAACCAGAUUAAUGAAGGUUUGUUAAAUAGAAGAAGAGGUCUGAAACGUCAAGCGAGAGUAAAUGAGUUGGAUGCAGAAAAUUUCUAUUGUUCAAGCCAAAUAAUAUCUAAAGUAUCGCAAGAGAAAGAAUCUGGAUCUGACCUAUCAUAUGCAACAUCAGAAAAAAAAACAGACAUUACAAAAUUAAAUUCUACUAUAGAAUCUACUCAUGAAGUCGAGUGCUUAAGUCCAGAAAACGUCAACGAAAAUUAUGGUCCAUUUAAAACUUAUAAAUAUUCUCCAAGUGUAAGCACAAAUACCUCAAGUACGUCUUCUACAACGACUUUAUUAAAGAAAAAAGAUAACUGUUGUAAAAAGAAAAAUCGAACUUGCGAUUACAAAGAAAAAUUAGAUCAUAUUUAUAGAACUGAAGACAUGCAUGCAGAUUGUUGCUGUCAAUUUGAUGAUAGUAAAUGCUGGGAGAAAGUAGAAAAAAUAAUGCAAGAAAAUAAAAAAUUAGAGGAUAUUGUAGCAAAAAGCAGAAUAGAAAUGGCAGAAAUCCGUGAUAUGUUAAGUAAUGUUUUAUCUGUCAGAAUGGAACCUGGUUUUUGAUAGUAUAAUUGAAAGAUCUAUUUAAAUGAAUUUUUAGCGAGUAUUGAUUGUUUAAUAGAUGAUAAUUAUUUAACAGCAUGAAAACAACAAACAAUUAUACAUUGUAGAAAGCAAUCUAAGAUAUUUUUAAAUGCUUUUUUCUAAAUAAUUUUUCGAAAUCUUUUUUUUGAAGAUAAUAGAAAUAAGAGCCUACAAUCUAAUAGAAAAUAACUAAAGACAAAUUAGUUUGCUAAAAAUUUAGUUGAAUUGUCAGCAAUAAACAUGCUAAAAUCUGAGUAUAUAGAAAAUGUUAUAGGUCUAAUAGCCUACUUUUAUGUGUAAAAAUAUAUGUACAUGCAAUGUAUAUACGAAUAUCUUUAAAAAAAAAAAAAAAAAAAAAAAAAAAAAAGAAAAAAAAAGGAGAAAAAAAUAUCUUCGCUAUACCGAUUACACGUCGUAUACGAUCGUGAUAUGCAGCAGUGUUUUAUUGUUUAAGUGUAAUUAUUUUAAUAUGGGGCUGUGGAUAAAUACGAAAAAAUAUACUGCUUUAUUAUCCAAUAUUUUGAAAAUAUGGAUAUUGUUAAAUGUUUUUGUAAAUUAUGAUUUUAGAAUGACAAUGUGUCAAUAUAACAUUUGUUUUAGUGUACACAAUAGUUAUUAUUAUUAAAAAUUUUUAAUAUUUUUAAUCGACACUAAUAAAUUAUAAUUUGUUUUUUCUUAUUCAUUAAAAUUUUAUUUAAGUUUAUUUUUGUUAUUAUUAAAUAUAUAUGCACAAAAGGAUUUUAUAUAUGCAAUUAAUUAAUAUGAAGGUUUUAAUGUUACAUUACAAAAAAGAAUUAAUUUGAUAUAACUGAUAAUAUUAAUUAUAUCAAAUAAAAACAAAGGACCAAAAAUUUCAAUCUUGCAUUUCUUUAAUUUGUGUCAAAUCAAUGCUACUGUAUAUGUGUAUGUGUGUGUGAUACUGCAAUGUAAUCUUUUUAUACGCUUUUUUCUUUUAAUAUUCAAAACACACGUUUGAUUACAUUCAUUAUUAUAAUAAUCUUGAUUUUUUUAAUUAAAUAAUAUUUCAUAUUAUGAAUUAAUAUGAUAUAUAAACACAAAUUAAUUAUGCUUAUGCACAGAAUAAAAUAGGAUGAUUAAACAGUUUUAUUUUCACGUUUUAUACUUGUUAAUAAGAUUAUGUAACUUUUAUUCUAUUCUACAUUGACAAUCAAAAUCAUAAAUUAUACUUGAGCAAUAUAAGAACUGUAUGUGCAAGAAUUAUUUCUUGAUUCACCUAGCAUAUUUACAUUCUUACUUUAAUAGUAUUGGAAAACAUGAUAUAUGUUCUUCCCUAUAUUUUUACACGAAAAAACGGCAUAAAUUACAUAACAUUAUUCAUUUUUAUUAAGAUAUAUAAGGGGCUCAUGAUAAGAUGUUAAGUACAUAAUAUUAAAUAUUCUUGCAAAAUUUAUAUCUUUACUGAUGUUCUUUUUUUUAUAAAGACCAAUUUUGCUUUUAUUGACAAGAGAUUUACUAAUUUUAUAUAUAUAUAUACAUAUACAUAUACAUACACAUAUAUACAUAUAUAUAUAUAUAUACAUAUAUAUAUGUAAAUCAAGAUCAAUCGUAAAUGCUACUUUCCUUCUGUGAAGGAAAUUCAUGCAUUUAUCUUUUUAAAGGUGUCACUUCGCCUGAAAUUGUGGUGAUUGUUACAUUUCUCAAUCUGCCUACGAAAUAAAGAAGCACAAUAGGAUACUUUUAAAAAUUUUAGUUUAGUUAUGAAAUAAAGUAAAAGAUGUAUUAAGAACACUGUAGAACAAAAGGUAUAAUGUAUAAAUAUGGGAAAACUAAAUAAAAAUCUACUACAAGAUUUUCUUUAUGCAA